CAGCCACACAUCCUGCCUGCUCUGUCCGGUCAGCUCUCACUGUCGCCAGAUAGAGAAUUAAUCAGCCUCUAUUCGGUCCGUAGAGACACCGCAAUAUGUCUUUCUGUCGGUUUUUAGGCGGUGAGAUCUACAAGGAUCAUUUCAAACCAGGUAUAUAUGUGUGCUCCAAGUGCAACCAUCCCCUGUUCUCCAGUCGGUCCAAGUUUGCCCACUCGUCUCCCUGGCCAGCUUUCACUGACACCGUCAGGGAGGACAGUGUCACCAAGAUGAUGGAGACUCUCACUGCCUUCAAGGUCCUGUGUGGCAAGUGUGGCAACGGUCUGGGCCAUGAGUUUGUGAAUGAUGGUCCAGAAGAGGGAGUCUCACGUUUUUGAAUCUUCAGCCACUCGCUCAAGUUUGUCCCCAACAAGGGCAAGGACAACCAAUAAAGAGCGAGGAAUGAGUUUUUUCACUUCACCUGCUGUAUCUGCUGCUCAGUCCAGGACCAGUGGACAGGUCAGGUCAGCGCGUGACGUGGACAGGACAAAGGCCUGAGAGGGACGUCCUGUCCACUGAAGAAUCUUUGACCAGCCUUUGACACAGGGACCAGACUACACCUCUGCAAAUAUUCCUGCAAAUAAAAACUUUGUUAUAUUCUUUGAAUACCUCAUAUUGAAAUACAUAUUGACUCCAUUAUUGUUAUGUCACUCUUCGUGACAUUUAUCAGUGGAUAUGUGGAUGCUUCCCACAUAGUGCUGCUGUUUUUUCACAUAAUUUUACAUUAUAUUUCCUGUAUCAUUUACUCUGAUUCACUUCCCAAAGGUAAAUGUAACCAUAUUAUCUAUGCACUGAAGAAGUUCACAUUCUUGUCCGUCUGCACUUUUGGUAUCUGUUUUUAUCUGUUUAUUCUGAAAUCAUGGAAUAGCAAAGAAACUCGUUUGUCCAUGUACUGUAAGCUUAUAUACUUGAACAGAUACCUUUCGCCUGAGCGAAAAUGCAAAUGAAUACAUCUCUCACAACCUUUGU